GAAGAACGCUCAUUUGGAAAUACAACAAAAACUUAUAAACGUCAAUUGAAUUUUUACAUUGGUUGUGAGCGAAAAAAAACGACGAAAAUAAUUGAAUAAGUUAUUUAUAAAUCAAUUGUAAAGUGAUAUUGUGAAACAGCACCAAAGAAAAACAAUCAUGGGCUCCGAAGAUACAGAUAUAAGUUCUGGAGAUAGAAUCCAAAAAGGUUUCCAAAUAAAUUAUAUGAUUCUCCGCGAUGCGGAUUCUGGAAAAGUAAUUUGGCAAGAGAACAAGGAUUUCUCUUCACCAGAUGUGGAACAUGAAGCGCGUGUACCUAUCAAAAUAUUGGAUUUACGAGCCGUGUCCCGUGAAAUCAACUUCAGCACCGUUGAACCAAUGGAAAAUUUUCGACUCGAUCAAAAGGUGCUCUUCAAAGGACGCAUAAUGGAAGAAUGGUUUUUCGAAAUGGGUUGGGUAGGAGCAAACACUACAAAUACUUGGCAAUCGACAAUUGAAGCUGCCCCUGAGUCCCAGAUGAUGCCAGCCAAGGUCUUAAAUGGUAAUGUCACAAUCCAAACAAGUUUCUAUGACAACGACACACUUAUCACCAAAUCAAUAGUGCGCCUAUACUACAUUUAAGCAAAAAAACAACAAUUCACUAUAAAUCUGCCCACAUCUUGGCAUUCGAAACGAAAACGCCUUUUCAUAAAACUGGAUUUCCAAAUAAAUACUUUCGGUGACGCAUUUAGGCAACUAUAUGCCAAGGCUAUUUAACGUUACUGCAUAUAUCGAUUAAAUGAUUUCAAAAUGUUUCCAAGAAGUUUAGGAAAGUGUAGAAAUUACUUCAUGCUCUAAUGAGCUGAUCUAUUUAAGAGCCUAAGCAUUUGUGCAUUGCAAUUGUUAUUAAUUUAUAAGUAGAUAUAAAAGAGUGUUGUGUAAUAUAUAUACAUACAUUUAAUAUGUAACUGAAAUACAAAACCAAGUAAGUCGAAAUGCAAAAGUUUAUAUCGUAACCAUUUUAUUCAUACGAAUUUAAAUUUUUGGCUUGUGUCAUGGCAAGUCCUAUAGCUUCAAGUAUUUUAACACAAUGUACGCUAAUUCUUUUACAAAUAACGUUUGCAACUAUUUAUUGUCUUUAUUAUAUAGUGCAUAUUUAACUUUGUAAAUAACUAAUGUAUUGAAAUAAGAAAAGACAUAAUUAAGAAAAACGCUAAUAAAUACAAAUAAUAAUCUUAAUGAUUUUAGCAAUCAAUUCAUAAAGACGGAAAAAUUAA